UCAGUCUUGAUUAACUAACAGAAGUGGUCUUCCAACAAUCUCACUUCUCUCCUUUUCAUUCUCAGUUUGACCCAUCAUUCCUGAAUCCUCUCUCUCUCUCUCUCUGCAUCUUCUUCUUCUUCUUUUUCUUUUACAACUGUUUAUGAGAUAUAAUGUCUCCCUCUGCCUUACUUUGAGUUUGUUCGUCUGAACGACAAUGGCGAAAGUGCCGCUGCAACUUUCUCCUCUCCUCCUGCUUUUUCUUCUUCUGUAGCUGUGUCGUUUUGUUGAAGUUGCUCUCUGUCAAUGUCCGAACUCGCGUUCUUCUUUUCUUUGACUUCUGCACGCACAUUGUGACCUCGCCGAUCCGUCUUGUCUUCCACGAUCAGUGUUUGGUUGCUGAGAAAGUUUAAGAAGGGAAAAUAGACCAAGUUAAAUAUAUAUUUUUAAGACCAAUACAGACUAUAUGGCUUGCAAGGUGAAUUAAUAGCCUAAUUUAAUCAAAUGGAGCAAUACGAAGUUCUGGAGCAAAUUGGUAAAGGAGCUUUUGGUUCUGCACUUCUUGUGAGGCAUAAGCAUGAAAAGAAGAAGUAUGUGUUGAAAAAGAUUCGUCUUGCCCGACAGACUGAUAGGUCUCGUAGAUCUGCACACCAAGAGAUGGAGCUUAUUUCUAAACUACGAAAUCCGUUUAUUGUGGAGUACAAGGAUUCCUGGGUAGAGAAGGGCUGCUAUGUGUGCAUUAUUAUUGGUUAUUGUGCUGGAGGUGACAUGGCACAAGCUAUAAAAAAAGUCAACGGCAUUCUUUUCCCUGAAGAGAGGCUUUGUAAGUGGCUAGUUCAACUUCUGAUGGCACUCGACUACUUGCACAUGAAUCAUAUUCUUCAUCGUGAUGUGAAGUGUUCGAAUAUAUUCUUGACAAAAGAUCAAGACAUACGUCUCGGAGAUUUUGGACUUGCCAAAAUGUUGACCUCCGAUGAUCUUGCUUCCUCUGUUGUGGGAACUCCAAGCUAUAUGUGUCCAGAACUUCUUGCUGAUAUACCUUAUGGUUCAAAGUCGGAUAUUUGGUCUUUGGGAUGCUGCAUAUAUGAGAUGACAGCUCACAAGCCUGCAUUUAAAGCAUUUGACAUUCAAGCACUGAUCAACAAAAUUAAUAAGUCUAUAGUGGCUCCUCUUCCAACGAAGUAUUCUGGUGCAUUUCGAGGUCUUGUCAAAAGCAUGCUGCGGAAAAACCCAGAGUUUAGGCCAAGUGCUGCAGAGCUGCUUGGGCACCCACACCUUCAGCCUUAUGUUCUUAAGGUUCAUCUCAAGAUCAAUAGCCCAAGACGUGGUAGUUUACCAGUCCCCUGGCCUGAACCAACUUAUAUGAAGAAAACCAGAUUUUCAGAGACAAAGGAUGUUCCUCUUGUUACGUACAGGGAGAAGCGCCAUUCAUUCAGCAAUGAUAGGACUUUGAAUCCAAGUAUUUCUGGGGCUGAACAAGAUUCCCUAUGUUCUACACUAGAUAUUCAUGAUAACCCGAGUUUCUUAAAUCGAAGGUUACAAGAGCUGUCUGUUGGAAGCAUCCAUGAACAGACUGCCAUUUCUAAGACUGUUCUUGCCAAAGCUUCAGAUAUUACCAAGUCUUCGAGACAUAUUCCAGCAAAAGCUUCUGGUCCUCCUAAAAGAUGUGAAUCAUUUCUUGUUUCACAGACUCCAAGAAAAUCUGUCACUAUGGCUCGAAGGACAUCUUUGCCUUUGUCAACAAGAGCUGCAAUUCAACAGUCCCCCUGCAAGCACAAUAUUGGUAUCCUCAACCCUAUAAAAUCCCCCGAUGUUUCUGUCAAUUCUCCUCGAAUUGACAGGAUAGCUGAUUUUCCAAUAGCCUCUUAUGAUGACCCAUUAUUCUGCAUUGGUAAAACUUCAACCUCGGUGCAAGGUUCCUCUGGCUCCCCACAGGACAAUGAUCGUUCCCUCACCAAAGAUAAAUGCACUGUCCAGACCAAUAGAGUUUCUGCCAAACCUAGUUUGCCUGAUGCAUGGAAGGGACUUCGUCGCAGCAUGUUUCAAGCAGAUGGACGGGAAGAAAGUGAUGAGUGCUCUGAUCAAAAUGCAGCUGCUGGGGCAUCAAGCCGCACUUCAUCAGACUCUCGUCACCGCCGGUUUGACACAUCAUCAUUCCAGCAAAGAGCUGAAGCUUUGGAAGGGUUGCUUGAAUUUAGUGCAAGGUUGCUGCAACAGGAAAGAUAUGAUGAGCUUGGGGUGUUGUUAAAGCCAUUUGGUCCUGGGAAGGUCUCCCCCAGGGAAACUGCUAUCUGGUUGACUAAGAGCAUCAAGGAGAACCCUCUGAAGCAGGAAGAUUAGCACCAAUCAACUGCCACCACAUGUACUAUAAAUUUAGCUGUAACAAUCUUAUAGGGCCCGCUCUAUUUGUUUUUGACAUGUCGAGGUACUAGGAGCUUAGGCAGAUAUGCUGACAUAGCAGUUUUUUGUUAGAUUUACGCGACUCUUCUAUGUUCUCCAUGCUUCUGUUUCAUGAUUUUCAUUAAGAUGGGUAAUUAGGUACGAUAUCAUGGUAAGUAUUUAGCUUGACAAAAUAGAAUUGUUGUGAUAUGUACAACUGUUUCCGAUUAGUGCAAGGAUCCUCUGUAGUUGAGCUCAAGUGAAGAGUAUCCAGCAACUGGGCUAAGCUCUAAUUCACAUCCUUUGGGUGCCUUUAUUUUUUUGUAAUCAAAUUGCAUUUUUAUUACC